CUACGAAGUCAUGGAGAGGUUCAGUCCGCCGGCGGCUUCGCUGAAGAAACGGAUCAGUCCACCGAUCGCAUGGAAUCUCGGUCUGACCAGCAAAGAGCCGAAACUUAUUCGUGUCAUUCUGCUGGGCCAUCAGGGCGUCGGUAAAACUGCACUGGCAGUGAGAUUCGCGACGAAACGAUUCAUCGGCGAGUACGAUUGCACCACCGAGAGAAUUUACAAGGUUGACAGCUAUUUGGACGCAUCGUGGGAGUUAACCGAUCCACCGGGAUUCCUACCACCCCCGACCGAGCUGAAGCUGCGGUGGGCGGAUGCUAUUAUUCUUGUUUACUCCGUGUCGGAUCGUGUCAGCUUCGAUGAAACGUCUCGACUUCGAUUUUUAGUAUCACACGCAAGAAAAACUAGAAAGGUACCGCCAGUCGUGAUCUUAAUUGCGAACAAAUCGGAUCUGUCGUAUACACCUGGCGAAAGGGUGGUCUCCACCUCAGAAGGACGUCAAAGGGCGGAAGAGAUCGAGGCUCACUCGUUCCACGAGAUCUCCGUCAGGGAAUCGGUUGAACAGGUCAUGGCCGUUUUCACCGACGUCUUCAAACUGUUGACGGAAUUGCCGGGCAGUUCUGGAUACCAGGCGAAUUCAUUCAGGGUUAGGGCGUCCACCGAUAGCACUUUGAACGCUCUACGACGUCCCUCGCCCGUCCCACUGAAACGAAGAUUCAGUAUCUCCGUGCGUGGAACGAUGCACUGAUUUCUGUGAAUAGCAUUAUUUAUUGCAUCGAAUAGGGACCAGACGUGAAUGCAUUUUUAUUUAUUUGUAAUGUUGGAAAGUAAUCGUUGAA